GACGACUUUGUGCAAAUCCAAGGAUGGGAAUUAAGAAGCAAGGUGGGCAUUUUCCUGUAUUACAUUUGAGGGAACUUUGCUCAUUACUCUCGCCAAGACUUGCCGGAACCAGUUGUAUCCAGUAACGGAACUAAGUUAGUUCACUUCGCACUUUGAACCUUGAGUUGUUUUUCCUGAUUUGAUCCUCCUCCUCCUCUUCAACAUCAAAGGAAAGCUGCAAAUAUGGCAAACACCGACCAAGAAAGUGCUCCACUAAUUGAAGACAACCACCAGCCCCAAGAUUUGGCAAUUGAUAUCCCUGAAGAAGACUUAGAGCCUGCGCCUGAGUGCAGUAUUUACAAGGUCCCUAGUUGUUUUCGUGAAGCAAACCAAAAAGCCUUCACUCCGCAGUUGAUUUCAAUAGGGCCUAUUCAUCGUGGUAACACAAUUUUGGCUCGAAUGGAGCGGCAAAAGCAGAGAUAUUACCAAAAAUUUCGUCAAAGGACUUCCAAGAAGACAUUGGAAGAAUUUUCGAGCUUCAUCAAAGAGCAUGUAAGUGGUAUAUGCAAGUGUUAUGAUGUCGACUUUGGUUUUGACACUGAGUUGGAGGUUUCUAAGUUUGUGAAGAUGAUAUUAUUUGAUGCAAUUUUUAUCAUUGAGUUAUUCUUGAGGAACUCUGAAAAUGAAGUCAAUGACUUCUUAUUCCGUGGAAGAUGGUUAAGAGUUGAACUUCAAACGGAUUUGAUGUUACUUGAAAAUCAACUCCCGUUAUUUGUCCUUGAAGAUUUAUAUAACCUAGCUUUUCUUACCUCUGAUAAACCCUCUUUUCUCCAUCUUGCUUGCUUUUAUUUCUGUAUCGAUGGCGAUCAAACAUUCAAACGAAAGGGGAUUAAACACUUCACAGAUUUAAUUAGAUGCCAUGCAGUGACAACUCGUCCCUCUAAUUCAGAUGAGAAAAUCGACAACAAGAACAUGUACAACGCAACGAUGUUGCAUGAGGCUGGUGUUAAGUUUGAAGUUGUAGAUGACGACUUGCUUAAUGUAAAAUUUGAGAAGGGAGUGCUACAGAUCCCACCUUUUCCGGUGGUGAAUGCAACCGAGACUAUUUUUAGAAACCUGAUGGUCUUCGAACAAUGUCAUUAUCUAGGAGAAGCUUUUUUUUGUAGUUAUAUUCAACUACUGAAUUAUCUUAUUGACACUGAUAAAGAUGUGGAUUUAUUGGUAAAGGAAGGGAUUUUUGACAAUAGAACAGGUAGCAGUGUAGCUGUGGCAAAUAUGAUUAACAAUCUGUUGUGGAAAUUGCCUAAGAAUCAACAAAGAUAA